AUGUUGGAUGGGUUUGUAGAUAUCCCUUCGCGCCUGAAUGGCAGCGAUCCAUCACUGCCAAAGGCACAUAUUGAUGAGAUCACAUACCCCACCAUGCACCACCGCUCCGUGACCGAAAGCGAAGCAUUCUGGGCGGAGCAGGCCAUCGAAAUUCUAUCGUGGGAUGUGCCUUUCCGCACGAUCCACUACGGUGGCUUCGAGAAAGGUGACAUGUCGUGGUUUCUGGAAGGCCAGCUCAAUGCCUGUUACAACCUUGUCGACCGAUGGGCGUUUGAGCGCCCCAACGACGUCGCGCUCAUCUGGGAAGCCGACGAGCCGGGCCAUCACCAGUAUGUCACCUUUGCCGAUCUCCUGACCCGCGUGUGUCAAUUUGCCGGUGUCUUGACUUCGCUGGGCGUCAGGAAAGGCGAUAUUGUCGUCAUCUACAUGCCCAUGGUGCCGGACACGGCAGCAGCGAUGCUCGCUUGCUCGCGCAUUGGGGCUGUACACUCAGUGGUUUUCGCGGGCUUUAGCUCAGAGUCACUGCGUGACCGUGUGCAGGACAGUGAGGCGCGUGUUGUGUUUACUACAGACGAGGGGCGGCGCGGUGGGAAGACGAUCGCGACCAAGUCGAUUGUCAACGCCGCGCUCAAGGAGUGCCCGACCGUGGAGCAUGUCCUGGUCGCGAAGCGCACGGGGGCCGUGGAUAUCCCGUGGGUCGACGGCCGCGACAAGUGGCUGGACGAUCUUGUGCAGAUGCAGCGCACAUACCUGCCCCCUGUGUCUGUGAGCAGCGAGGACCCGCUUUUUGUGCUGUACACGUCGGGCUCCACGGGCAAGCCCAAGGGCAUCGUGCACAGCACGGCCGGCUACCUGCUGGGGGCCGCGCUGACGGUGCGCCAUGUGUUUGAUGUGCACCCUGGUGACCGGUUUGGAUGUGUGGCGGACAUUGGCUGGAUUACGGGCCAUACAUACAUUCUGUAUGGUCCGCUGAUGAACGGCACGACGACGCUGUUGUUUGAAUCGACGCCCGCAUACCCCACAGCGUCUCGCUACUGGGAUGUUGUCGACACGCACAAGCUGACGCAGUUCUAUACAGCGCCUACGUCGAUCCGCCUGCUGCGCCGUAUGGGCAGUGAGUACGUGGCCAAGCAUGACCUGAGCUCGCUGCGUGUGCUGGGGAGCGUCGGUGAGCCGAUCAACCCCGAGGCGUGGCACUGGUACAACGAGCAUGUGGGCCGUGGGCACUGUGCGAUUGUGGAUACCUACUGGAUGACCGAGGGCGGCUCGCACAUGAUCACGUCGCUGCCGGGAGCCAUCAAGAGCAAGCCGGGGUCGGCGUCGAAGCCGUUCUGGGGCAUCCAGCCUGUGCUGCUCGAUCCACAGACAGGCGAGGAGCUGGAAGGAACGGACAUCGAGGGUGUACUGGCCAUGCGCAAGCCGUGGCCGUCGCUGGCGCGGACGAUCCUGAAGGACCACCAGCGCUUCCUCGACACGUACAUGCGCCCCUACCCCGGCUACUUCUUCACCGGGGACAGUGCGUACCGCGACCAGGAUGGCUACAUCUGGAUUCGCGGGCGUGUGGACGACGUGAUCAAUGUGUCAGGCCACCGCAUGUCGACAGCCGAGAUCGAGUCGGCGCUGGUGGGCCACGCGGGUGUAGGCGAAGCGGCGGCCGUGGGGGCUCCUGACGAACUGACAGGCCAGUCGAUCACGGCGUUCGUGGCCAUGAAGCCGGACUAUGAAUGCGAGUCGCCCGAGACCCUGCUGAAGGAGCUGACUGGCCAGGUGCGGAGUGCGAUUGGGCCGUUUGCGACCCCGAAGCGCAUCAUCGCCGUGGCCGAUCUGCCCAAGACACGGAGCGGCAAGAUUGUCCGCCGCGUCCUGCGCAAGAUUGUAUACAACGAGGCUGACCAGCUGGGCGACCUGUCCACGCUGCAAAAUCCCCAGGUGGUGGACAAUCUGAUCGCACAAUUCGAGGCAGCGGCGAGCGGCCCGUAG